CGGGGCGCCUUGGGGGGGCGGGGCCCCGCGAUCCUACCCCCCCCAACUUGCCGCGCCGGGCGCGCGGGGCCGCGCCGCGACGGACCGACGGCUCGGCUGGGCUCGGCUUGGCUAAGCUCGGCUCGGCUCCGCACCGGCCCCACGCGGGAAGGAGGAAGGGGCGCGCAGCCCCGCCCCGGGCCGCGGCCCCCUUUGCGGUCGGAGAGGCGUGCAGCACUGGGCCCUGCGAUGCCGUUUGGCUGCGUGACGCUGGGAGAAAAGAAAGAUUAUAACCAGCCGUCCGAGGUGACUGACAGAUAUGACCUGGGCCAGGUCAUCAAAACGGAGGAGUUCUGUGAAAUCUUCCGGGCCAAGGAGAAGACGACGGGGAAGCUGUACACCUGCAAGAAAUUUUUGAAGCGGGACGGGCGAAAAGUGCGGAAGGCAGCCAAAAAUGAGAUAAUAAUCCUCAAAAUGGUGAAACAUCCCAACAUCCUGCAGCUGGUGGAUGUCUACAUCACCCGCAAGGAGUAUUUCAUCUUCCUGGAGCUGGCCACCGGCCGGGAGGUCUUUGACUGGAUCCUGGACCAGGGCUACUACUCAGAGAGGGACACCAGCAAUGUCAUCCGGCAGGUGCUGGAGGCUGUUGCCUAUCUGCACUCACUCAAGAUCGUCCACAGGAACCUCAAGCUGGAGAACCUGGUGUAUUAUAACCGCCUGAAGAACUCCAAGAUCGUCAUCAGCGACUUCCACCUGGCCAAGCUGGAGAAUGGGCUCAUUAAGGAGCCCUGCGGCACCCCUGAGUACCUGGCUCCGGAGGUGGUGGGGCGGCAGCGGUACGGGCGGCCAGUGGACUGCUGGGCCAUUGGCGUCAUCAUGUACAUCCUCCUCUCGGGGAACCCCCCCUUCUAUGAGGAGGCAGACGAGGAUGACUAUGAGAACCAUGACAAGAACCUCUUCCGCAAAAUCCUGGCUGGGGACUAUGAGUUUGACCCGCCAUACUGGGACGACAUCUCACAGGCGGCCAAGGAGCUGGUGACACGCCUGAUGGAGGUGGAGCAGGACCAGCGGAUCACGGCGGAGGAGGCCAUCUCCCAUGAGUGGAUCUCUGGCAAUGCUGCCUCCGACAAGAACAUCAAGGACGGUGUCUGCGCCCAGAUCGAGAAGAACUUUGCUCGGGCCAAGUGGAAGAAAGCUGUGCGAGUGACCACACUUAUGAAACGCCUGCGGGCCCCCGAGCAGACAGAGACGCCCCCGGCCAGCACCGCUGCCACCACCGCUGCCACUGCCGCUGCCACCACCACCACCGCUGCCGCCACGGAUACCGCGGCCCCUGCCACGCCGCUCGCCACCGAGCAGCCCCCGGCCUCUGCCACGCCGCCCGCUGCCACGUGUAACGGGGACGGUGCUGCCGCCGCUGCCACCACCGAGGCCCCCAGCGAGCAGACGGGCUGAGCGGUGGCAGCCCCCGCGCCCCCCUCUGUACAUAGUCCCCGGCACGGUGUCCCCCCCACCCCUCGCCUGCCGCCCCCUUUUCUACGUGCCCCGACGGAGAGUCGGCCGCGGGGCAGAGCCCUGCAUGGAGCCCGUCCUCCCCGGACCCCCAGCCCCUCCUGGCCCCCUCGGUGGCUUUGCCGGUCGGUCUGUUCCGCCCCCCUGCUCUCUCAGUCUGUCCCCCGCCACCGUCCCCCCCAGGGAUGCUCAGGGAUACGGGGCAGCCCCCCCGGACGCAUGCCCCGUGGGGCUGGGGGGUGUUGUGCGGAGCCGCCCAGGACACGUGUGCAUGCACGGGACGGCGGGUGGUGCCGCGCGGGACGGCGGAGGUGCCCCAGUGGGCAGAGCACCUGGCAGCCCCUCUCCCACCCGGGCCUCUGGGGGGUGCGUUGCAGCGGGAGGGGGAGCAUGGGGGCCCCCCCCGCCCGGGGGGACCCACACGGCCCCCAACGCCUUGUGUCUGCAGGAUCCCAAACGACCCCCCCGUGCCUCCCUCCGGUCCCCGCUUCCCUCCCCGCAGCUGCAUGCCUGCAGGGCCGGCUCUGCCCGCGGCUGCCGCCGGCGCCCCGUGCGCCCUGUGCCCCCGCACUGUAUCUCUGGCAAAUAAAGACCCCGCUGAGGACAAACUGA